AUUUCUUAUGAACGCAUCUAUGGUUUUAUUAUAUUCUUUUCGUGCUCCUUAGGAAAGGUACUGAAAGUGCGCUAUCAGACGUUUUAGGGUUUCUCUAAUCACAAUCAGUGAAUCUCAGUGGAAGGCAGUGGGUGCCCUAGUUUCUCCGGAACUGAUCGCUAUAGAUCAACCUAAUUGAAUCACUCCCUCCAUUUCCAGAGCUUUGAGAGAUGACUCAAGACGUGGAGAUGAAAGAGCUUCCAGCUCCAGCUGUUUCCAAUUCCGUUUCUUCGACUUCUCCUUCUACUUUGCAGCUUUUGAAGGAGAUUGCAUCACUCAUUGAGACUGGCGCAUAUGCACGGGAGGUUCGUCGGAUUGUCCGUGCCAUACGCCAAACCAUAGCAUUGAGGCAGAAGCUGAAGGCCUCCGUGCUUUCUGCAUUCUUGAACUUUGCCCUUACUCCUGGAUCUGAGUUGCAUGGCCGGUUAUCCUCAUAUCUUCCCAAGGAAGAUGAGCAUGAGAUGGAAGUUGAUACGGCAACAUCAGCUACUCAAGCUUCUGUGAAACAUUCUUUGCCUGAGCUUGAGAUUUACUGCUACUUGGGUGUGCUAAUAUUUUUAAUUGAUCAGAAGCAAUACACUGAGGCUAAAGCAUGUUCCUCAGCAAGCAUUGCCAGGCUGAAGAACCUGAAUAGGCGAACUGUUGAUGUUCUAGCUGCCCGGCUCUACUUCUAUUACUCUCUUAGUUAUGAACUUACUGGUGAUUUAGCUGACAUUCGGGGUAACCUCCUUGCUUUGCACCGGAUCGCAACAUUGCGCCAUGACGAGUUGGGUCAGGAAACACUUCUCAACCUGCUACUUCGCAAUUACCUGCACUACAACUUAUAUGAUCAGGCAGAGAAGCUGAGGUCAAAGGCACCCCGUUUUGAAGCUCAUUCUAAUCAGCAGUUUUGCCGGUACCUGUUUUAUCUUGGAAAAAUUAGGACAAUUCAGUUGGAAUAUACAGAUGCAAAAGAAUCCCUCCUGCAAGCUGCUCGGAAAGCCCCUGUUGCAGCUCUUGGUUUUCGAGUUCAAUGCAACAAGUGGGCUGUGAUAGUCCGCCUUCUGCUAGGAGAAAUACCCGAGAGGACUGUUUUCAUGCAGAAAGGCAUGGAGAAGGCUUUGAGGCCAUACUUUGAGCUUACAAAUGCUGUUCGGAUUGGAGAUCUGGAGCUGUUUAGAUCUGUUGCGGAGAAGUUCUCCAGUACUUUCAGUUCAGACCGGACCCACAAUUUGAUCGUUAGGCUGCGGCAUAAUGUUAUAAGGACAGGGCUACGUAACAUCAGCAUAUCUUAUUCUCGCAUCUCACUGGCUGAUGUAGCAAAAAAACUGAGAUUGGACUCCGCAAACCCUGUUGCUGAUGCUGAAAGUAUCGUCUCCAAGGCAAUCCGAGAUGGUGCAAUUGAUGCCACGGUAGAUCAUGCUAAUGGGUGGAUGGUAUCAAAGGAGACUGGGGACAUCUACUCUACAAAUGAACCUCAAAUUGCGUUCAACUCGAGGAUUGCCUUUUGCCUUAACAUGCAUAAUGAGGCAGUGCGUGCACUUCGAUUUCCGCCUAAUUCCCAUAAGGAGAAGGAAAGUGCCGAGAAGAGGAGAGAGAGGCAACAACAGGAGCAAGAGCUUGCAAAGCAUAUAGCCGAAGAGGAUGAUGAUGAGUUCUAGUGGAGCAAUGAUCUUCAAAGACAUCUGAUUGACUAUGCAAUUAUUUCUUUUGGUAGUGCAGCAACUUCCUUUGAUAUUCCCUAGUAAGAAAUCUCAGUUUUCAUGGACUGAAUGACUAUAAUUCGCUUUCACUUCUAAAAUAUGCAAUUGGAUGUCAUUACUGCUCUGCUAUUCGGGAUUGUAUUCCCGGUGCUCAUCCUAUCCCCCGAUUCAUUCAUCUUUUUUUUUUUUUUCCUAGAAUUUCCUGUUCAGGAUGAAUUUUAAUGGUCAAUAGAGGUACCAUCUUAUUGCAUCAAUUUUUUUGGACGCUAGUGUAUACUUGCUUCAAAGGAAGGUAAUAGGAGGCAUGACUGCUCUACUCGACUUCUCAUUA